AUGUCUGCUGCCACAUGUCUGAAAUCUGAAGAUCACUUUCUGUGCUCCAUCUGUCUGGAUGUGUUCACUGAUCCAGUCACUACAUCAUGUGGACACAACUUCUGCAAACACUGCAUCACUCAACACUGGGAUACCACUGAUCUAUGUAAGUGUCCCCUGUGUAAAGAGAUGUUCUACAAUAGACCUCAGCUGAAGAUCAACACUUUCAUCAAUGAGAUUGUUGCUGAGUUCAGACAUGAAGCUCAACAGAAAGCCAGCAGCAACCACAAGACACAUGAUGUUGUUCCUCUGAAAAAAGAAUAUGAAGGAAAGAAGGCAGAGCUGGGGAAGACAGAAGAUCAAAUUCAGCAGAUGAUCCAGAAGAGACGACUGAAGAUUGAGGAGAUGAAAGAGUCAGUGAAGAUGAGUAAAGAUGCUGCAGACAGAGAGAAAGCAGAAGGUGUUCAGGUCUUCACUGCUCUGAAGGAGUCUGUUGAGAGAGGCCUGGAGCAGCUCAUAAAGGAGAUCGAAGACAAACAGAAAACAACAGAGAAACAGGCUGAAGGUUUCAUCAAAGAUAUGGAACAGGAAGUCUCUGAGCUGAUGAAGAGGAGCUCUGAGGUAAAGCAGCUCUCACACUCUGAAGACCACCUCCACCUCCUCCAAAGCUUCUCCUCCCUGACAGCUGCUCCACCCACCAAGGAUUGGACAGAGGUCAGCGUCAGUCCACCAUCAUAUGAGGGGACUGUGGUGAGAGCUGUGACUCAGCUGGAGGAGAAACUCAGUAAAGACAUGAAAAAGCUUCUUUCUGAGGCUGAACUGAAGAGGGUCCAGCAGUAUGCAGUGGAUGUGACUCUAGAUCCUGUUACAGCACAUCCUAGACUCAUCCUGUCUGAUGAUGGAAAACAAGUGACUCAUCGUGACGUGAAGAAGGAACUUCCAGACAACCCAGAUAGAUUUUCUACAUGUGUAAAUGUUUUAGGAAAGAAGAGUUUCUCUUCAGGUAGAUUUUACUUUCAGGUUCAGGUUAAAGGAAAGAUUGACUGGGAUCUAGGAGUGGCUAGAAAGUCAAUCAAUAGGAAGGGAAACAUCACUCUGAGUCCUAAGAAUGGUUUCUGGACUAUAUGGUUGAGAAAUGGAAAUGAAUACAAAGCUAAUGCUAGUCCUCCAGUGCGUCUGUCUCUUGGUUCUCGUCCUGAAAAGGUGGGGGUGUUUGUGGAUUAUGAGGAGGGUCUGGUCUCCUUUCAUGAUGUAGAUACUGCAGCUCUUAUCUACUCCUUUACUGGCUGCUCCUUCAAUGACAAACUUUAUCCAUACAUCAGUCCCUGUAAUAACAGUGGUGGUAAAAACUCUGCACCUCUCAUCAUCUGUCCUGUCAAUCAAACUGUCUGAUCCAUUUAAUGAUGAAGCUUUGAGGUCAAUGAAUGAACUUAUUGAUCUUCACUCUUUAUUCACACUCUGUACAUAUAUCCUUAAUACUACAAUACUGGUACAGCU